AAAGACCGCGGCACAAAGUCAGUAGACAUAAACAAUUAGUAAAAUAAAUUUCAUUUAAUACACAAGGUACAACAUUUGAAUCCGAAAUAACAAGACAUAAACGAGUAGAUACUGUUGGGCAGCUAAGGCACGAUUCAACGGAAAUAUUGAACGAAAAUGUCGACUAUUUUGGUAUUUGGACUUAUGUGGUGCUUGUUUAUUCACAUUACACGAGCUCAAAUAAGCACAAAUGACUGUAAGGCUAAUGGCAAAGUAUACCGCCCUGGGAGCAUCACAAAAGUCUACUGCCAGGAAUGCAUUUGUAUUGAAGACAUCUUGGUGGACGACCAUUACGUGUGGGAGUGUAAUGGUGUAGAUUGUCUCAUCAGGGAAUCGAUCAUAGACCAUGUAAAUGGAGGCAAUAACGGGUGGAAAGCUGAUAGCUAUUCCUUUCUGCAGGAUAAGACUUUGACAUCCGGAAUGGAGCAUAGACUGGGGACAUUUUUGCCAGAGAGUGAUGGAAUACCUAUGAGGCCAAGCCAAGUAAGGGAAGAAGAAACGUUCCCACGUGGAUAUGACUUACGCGAGAAGUCAAAAGAAUACAUUUCUGCAAUUCGUAAUCAGGGGGAUUGUGCAUCCUCUUGGGCAUUUAGCACUACUGCUGUUACCUCAGAUCGCAUUGCAUUGAAAACGUCAGGUAAAAUCAAUGUAGAUUUGUCCCCGCAACAACUAAUCUCUUGUAUUGGAGACAAGCAGCCUGGAUGUGCAGGGGGGCACAUCGAGAGAGCAUGGGAGCACAUGAGAUUUCAUGGAGUCGUAGAUGAAGAAUGUUACCCCUACACCAGUGGCAUGGGCAGCUCGGGAAAAUGCCCAACAGGACAAACAUCAUCGGCAUCGAAGAAUGAUAUAUGUCCAAAGAGAAAACGAUCACCAGGGAGCAUAGUCUCCCACAAAAUACUUCAAUCAUACAGAAUUCCUAGUGAUGAAAGGGAGAUAAUGAAGGAGAUAAUCACGAAUGGUCCUGUCCAAGCCACCUUUGCUGUUCAUGAAGACUUCUUUAUGUACAAAAGCGGUAUAUAUAAACAUUCUUUUGCGCCAGAUGACAUAGGUUUAAGUGGCUACCACUCUGUUAGAAUAGUUGGGUGGGGCUCUGAAUGCAGUUCUCAGGGAGAGACGAAAUAUUGGAUUGUUGCAAACUCCUGGGGUAAACAAUGGGGAGAAAGUGGAUAUUUCCGAAUUCAGAAAGGCGUGAACGAAUGUGAAAUUGAGUCAUACGUGGUUGGUGUUAAAGUCAGGCCAACUUUUGUAAAGAUGCAGCUGGAAUUAAAGGAAAUAUGGGAUCUAACCUUAACAAGCCUUGGAAAUAUUGUCGCAACAGGUUGGGGGAACACAAUGAUCUACAACAGCAGAUUCCAGCAAAUAAAAUACAUCUACAAGAAGUUCUUAUGUGUAGCAAAAACCAAAGAUGACCAGCUAGCAUUCACAACCUACUCCCGCAGCAAAACAAUCCACUUGUACUCAGAGGUUGGAUCAUCAAUUCGUACCAUCACAUGUGGAGCACCUGUAAGUCGUCUAGAAGGUAUAGCCUCACUGUCAGUUGGUGAGUUGGUUGUGACUGAUUACGACACCAAGGGGGUGUUUCUAGUAGAUUCUAUAAAAGGGAACACUACACAGAUCUCCCCAUCUGGUAUGUUCGACUACAUGUACCCUUGGUAUGUGACAGUUGAUAUUAAUAGCUACAUCAUAGUUAGUGACUGGAAUGGUGAUUUCAUCAAAGUGAUUAACAGAGACGGCCAGGAAAUUCUCCAUUAUGGGGAGACAGGCUCAGGGGAGGGUUAUAUAUAUGGUCCCACCGAUGUCUGCACGGAUCGCAAUGGAUUUAUAAUUGUUGGAGAUAGACACAAUAAAAGGUGGACAGCUGUUCAUUGUCAAAUACAACGACUAAGUUUGGAAUCCCUAAGUGAGUUACCAACAAUGACAAUAAAUUGGACAUUGCCAACGCUAAACAAGAACAACAACAACAACAAAAACAACAGCAGUGACAACAACAAGUACAACAACACAAUGAUGUAUAUAACAUUAAAAUCACAACAACAGCAGUGA